CAAAUUUGUAAAAGUAGCUUAUGCGAUAUUGCAAAUCUACAGGAUGACGGAGCAUAAGAAUGCCUUUUACAGCAAUCUGUGCUACACUACUAGCAGGGUUAAGCAUUGAGGGACAAAUAUUGAUCUGGUUAGACAAAGCGGUCAGUUUAAACUACAGUUUAACUCAUUAUACUUCAACCCAGCAAGUCCCCGAGGACAUCUUCAGCUACUAUGAGCAGAUGGAUAAAGAAGAAGAGGAGGAGUAAGAGACUCAGAUUGUGUCCUUUUAGAGAUCGUCAGGUACACAUCUGUUUUAUUUCCUUUUUGCCGUUUCACAACUACAUAUUUAACAGUACUGCUGACCAGUUUUUAAAGCAUACGGCUACGAUUUUCUGUCUUUGAGAUUUUUGUACCAUAGGCCUAAUAAUAUGAUUAACGCAUUUGGUACACUCUACUGGGUGAAAACGGAACUACACCUUAACUAGUUAACAGAAAAUUCAUCAUAGUUUAGGGUAAUGCUUUAGAUUACAGCCUGCAACGUACAGCGUAAUUACUCCGGAGUUACUUUGACUUCAACGUGGAGUACCAGGAGGCUGCUGCACUACUGUACACUGGAGCUUGUUCAGAGGCAAGUGAAUUUCUUUCCGCAUUACACUUCUGUAUUAUAAUUAAAUCAGGUGUGCAACAGUAGAGUAAGAGCUAAAAGUUGCAGGACAGGAGGAAUUUGAGGACUGGGUUGAGUGCAUUAGUCUUUUUAAGCAUAUUUAUUGAAUGGUAUGAUAUUGCUUACAGGUUUCUGGUCAGGAUCAACCCUGAUGAUGGCAAGAAAUGCUCUGCCAGACAGGGAGCAAGAAGUGAGGUUGGUGAUGACCAUCAACCCGCAUGUCAACAGCUUAAUUCGGUCCUUGAUGGAGUUUGAAUGGAAGACUUGAAACUGAGAGCCAGUGGUAGGCAGCCAGUGUCCUGAUGGCCACCACCCACAUGCCCUUCAUUAAAAGUUCAUCUACAGUCAGUAGUUAAGGUAUUGGGACACUUGUUGUUAUUAUUGCUCACUUGUAGGUGAGCAAGGAUUUGUAAGGUAAAUCAAGUUCUCUCCUAGGACAGUGCUUCCCACUUACCUAGUCCUCAAGUUACCCUGAUUUGCAGGUUUUUGUUUCAGCUCUAUUCUGGCACACCUGAUCCAGUUAAGGGCUGCGUGUUUUUAUGCCUGCCCUGUUCAGGUAGAUCUGUUUCUGCUGCUCAACCAGUUAAGAAGUUAAUUAAAUCAGGUGUGCAAGAGUAGAGCUGGAACAGGACAGGAACUUGAGGACUCGGUUGGGAACCCCAGUCCUAUAAGGGAGGACUGUGUUUGCGCAUACCAGGAAAAUGCAUAUGCAGAUGUGAAUCUGCAAACUUUGCAAAAGACUGAAACAUAAAUCGUUUUUGCUCACGGGAACACCAAAAAGUAUCCAAAUAAUGGCAAUCCUGAAGCAUUUGACGACAGCAUGCUGGAAGAACUUUCAAGACGUCCGGCUAAAUAAGCAGCUCUUCAUUUUGCGCGCAAUACACAAGUCAGCAGCCAGCGAUGCUUUUGGGAUCUCCGCGGCUGAAAAAGAAGCCAUACCUGAGAAAUUGAUCACACCGGCGGAUGGCGGGAAAACCAGAAUCAAGACCCUGAAGGAGAUGCCUGGACCCAGCACCCUAGCCAACUUGAUAGAGUUUUUCUGGAGAGACGGGUUUAGCAGAGUUCAUGAAAUUCAGCUGGAGCACAGGAAGAAGUAUGGCAAAAUUUUCAAAUCCCGUUUUGGACCCCAGCUGGUGGUCUCUGUGGCAGACCGUGACCUGGUGGCUGAGGUGCUGAGGGCUGAGGGCAUGACCCCUCAGAGAGCUAACAUGGAUUCUUGGAAGGAGUACAGAGACAUGAGAGGCCAUUCCACUGGCCUCAUCUCAGCGGAGGGAGAACAUUGGCUAAAGAUGCGGAGUGUGCUCAGACAGCUCAUUAUGCGUCCCCGUGACGUAGCAGUCUUCUCUGAUGAUGUGAACCAAGUGGUAGAUGACCUGAUCAAGAGAGUUUGUACUAUGCGCACCCCGGAGUCUGCAACUGUCCUCAAUGUGAAUGACCUUUUCUUCAAAUAUGCCAUGGAAGGUGUGGCAGCCAUUUUGUACGAGUGCCGACUAGGCUGUUUGGAAGAUGAGAUUCCCCAGGAAACCCAAGACUACAUCAGUGCACUUGACCUCAUGUUCCGCUCCUUCAAGACAACCAUGUAUGCCGGAGCAAUACCCAAGUGGCUCAGACUUCUCAUCCCCAAACCAUGGGAGGAGUUCUGUCUCUCCUGGGAUGGCAUCUUCAAAUUCAGCCAUAUUCACGUUGAUAAGAGGCUCACAGAGAUCAAGGCCCAGCUGGAGCGGGGAGAGGAGGUAAAGGGGGGACUGCUCACACACAUGCUCAUUACCAAGGAGAUGAGCAUAGAGGAGAUCUACGCCAACGUAACGGAGAUGCUACUGGCUGGGGUCGACACGACAUCCUUCACCCUUUCCUGGGCCAGCUACCUGUUAGCGCGGCACCCUCAUAUACAGCAGCAAAUCUUUACAGAAGUGAUGAGGACUCUGGGACCUGGAGCAGUUGCCACAGCUGACGAUGUCCCUCGUCUGCCUCUCAUCAGAGGGCUGGUCAAAGAAACUCUCAGAUUUUAUCCAGUUCUCCCAGGCAAUGGACGGAUUACCCAGGAUGACUUGGUGGUGGGCGGAUAUUUUAUCCCCAAAGGGACUCCAUUGGCCCUGUGCCACUACUCCACAUCUUUGGAUGAAGAUAACUUUGCUGAUGCUUCAGACUUCCGACCGGAUCGCUGGAUACGGAAAGAGUCCACAGAUCGCGUUGACAACUUUGGCUCGAUUCCCUUUGGCUACGGACUCAGGAGCUGCAUUGGAAGGAGAAUAGCAGAGUUAGAGAUGCAUCUAGCUCUCACAAGGCUCAUUCAAAGGUUCCACAUUGGCGUGUCUCCUCUCACUGUUGAUGUCCAGGCCAAAACCCAUGGCCUGCUCUGCCCUGCUGCCCCCAUCAACCUGCAGUUCAUCGACAGGGAAAACUAGACACAGACUCCUCUCCAUAAAAUCUUCUGUAUUGUAUGUUUUAAAAGCACUGAUUCAUUAUUAGGAAUUUUUAAAUACAGUUUUUAAAUACAAUUUUAGUACACCUUUCACUGUUCGAUGGGUGGGAGACUGAGGUUUUACACAGGCAAGUAAUGUGUCUCACUUUCUCCUGUUCCUGUUAGGGAGAAGGACACAAAAAUAGUAAUGGAUCAAUAAUUUAAAGAUAAAAGCUGUUCUUGUAUGGGAUGAAUAUCAUGCCAUAUCUCAAUACUGAAAAAAAGCUUCGAAAGGUUGAAACUCAUUGUUUGAAAGCUUGAAAUCUAAUAAAAAGGUUUUGCAAGACUGAAAAAGUUUUGAAGGCUUGCAUAAUGUUUUGAUUGGCUGAAAAAAACAUUUUCUUCUUCACAACUGCAGCACUCUGUUUACAGUGUUUCUCCAAUACAUUUUCAGAGUUUCAAAUUUGUCACUGUUCUACCAAUUUUAUUUUCUCCUGGGAUUAGUUUGUUUUCCAGGUUUGAAACCUUGUAAACAAUCAAUCUGAUUUUGAAGGCCAGGUCUUUAAGCCCUUUGAGCCACAGUUUUGAUGUUGACCUAGAACUUUUUUCAUAAUUUGAUGCCUCUAACCUCUGCAGUUUUUAUAAUGAAACUCAAUUUAAUGACCUAUGUGUUUUUUCUGUCAUCGCUUUAUCAGAAACAUGACUUACAGAGGACUCUAGAGAAAUCUUUAGACUACCUAAAUACAAUUCAGUUCACUAAGUAAGAGAGAAUAGAUCUGGAGGUUGACUAUCUCUUUUUAUUCGUGGUGACUAUGAAUUUAAAAUUUGGUAUGAUCUCUCUCUGAAGUGAGGCAGGGCUGGAAUCAGUUUUUUUUAGAGCUCUCAGGUGGAAAGAAUGUUAUUGUUGGUGUUAUUUAUCGCCCACCUGACCAAGAUGGUCUAGUUCUCAAAAUUGGAGAUACAUGCUUUUAAGUGCACAGGAAGAGUAUGAAAUAUUGUAAUCUGAAACGUUACUAGUGACUAAAGCUGUCAGACAAAUGUAGUGGAAUAAAAUGUACAACAUUUGCCUCUGA